UACUAAUUGCCCGAAAUGUAGUCACACUGGCAGAAAAUAUCCUUUGAGCGGCAAAUGACCGUUUAUUGCCUUUAGAUGGGAGAGCCCGUUCAUACGGAGUUUGUGUCGUCGUUUACGACGCUGUUCGCCGGCGAAUAAUUUGAUGGGAUAAUUGAAUACCAAAAUUGCCGGAUUGCAGAAACAGUCAAAUCAUCUAUCAAGUGUGGAAGAGAAAUUUUGAUAUCCUUAAAAGGGAUUUUAGAAAGCGCGAAUUGAUCAGACUGUGAAGGGCAUCAAGUGUCGUGCGAAGUAGAAAAAAAAUCUGACGACAUAUUUACAGCUCUUUCAAAUGUGAAAGCGAUGAAGAUUAAGGAAUAUCUUGUGAAAGUAAAGGAUGAGAUAAAAGAGCGACAUUUUUGGAAAGGUGUUCGAUGUGAAUUCUUGGGAACUCUGCUCUAUGUCUUAUUUGGGUGUGCAGCGAUUGUUGCGUGGAAUCCUGACAACCACGAUCCAAAUAAGAUAAUCCGUGUUAGUUUUAGUUUCGGAUUCAUUGAAUUUCUUCUGGUUUCUUCACUAAGCCACGUCAGCGGAGCACAGUUUAAUCCUGUUAUCACAAUAUCUAUGCUUUGCACAAAAUACAUUACACUGUUUAGAGCAACUUGUUAUAUCUUUGUGCAACUCAUUGCUGGAAUAAUAUCCUAUGCCAUUUUGUACGGACUUGUACCCGAGUAUUCUAGAAAACAUUUGGCAGUCAACACUAUUCACCAAGAUAUCUCUCAUGGUCAAGCAUUUGGAAUUGAAUUUCUAGGAACCUUUGUCUUUGUUUUUUCAUAUUUUUCUUCACUGAGGAAGAAAAACGAAAAACUUAGACCAAAAGCUCUCCCAUGUGGGUUCGCGAUUGCUUCUGCUCAUCUGUUUGCGGUUGAAGCAACAGUAUGUGGCAUCAAUCCCGCGAGAAGCCUUGCUCCUGCAAUUUUCCAGAAUGCAUGGUCUAAUCACUGGAUAUUCUGGAUUGGGCCAAUUCUUGGUGGUAUCAUUGGUGCAUUCACUUUCGAAUACACUCGGGACUGUUCGAUACAGUUGAGAGAUCCGCAGAAUGAGGCGUCCAACCAAUUUGUUUACAGUCUUCAAAAUAAGGACGACGUUGCCAGCAGUUUUUCUCUCAAUAGCGAAGUCCCAGGAGAGCAGAAUGAAAUUAUUGACGAAUUAUAGGAAGUCUGGAUCCAUGUAUAUUAACUCAAAGCAUUUUAGAAAAUACAAAAUACAUGUAGUUUAA